UCCAAGAAAAAGAAUCUUGGUGGCUUUAAAUAAAAUAUCCCUCUACGUAUAUAUAUAUAUAUAUAUGUGUGUGUGUGUGUGUGGCUUCAAACGAUAUAUACAGACUAGAUGAGUCCAUUUAAACUCCACUUUGCGAGUUUCUUUUCUCUCUUGUGUUAUCUUUAGGAAACAAGAUGGCGACUUCUCAACAGUGUCUAGAGUCUUCUAUGCUAUGGUUGGCCAUGUAUUUCUUUUUAAACUUGGGUCUGACCUUGUAUAAUAAAGUUAUUAUGGCUAUGUUUCAGUUUCCUUUUCCUUGGGCACUGACUGCUGUUCAUACGCUCUGUGGUACUAUUGGCUCUUAUGCCUUUUGGAAGUUGGGUCUGUUUAAGCCUGCUAACCUAGGUGAAAGAGAAAACAUGGUGAUGCUUAUGUUUUCGGUUUUGUAUACCAUUAAUAUUGCUAUUAGUAAUGUGUCUCUUAAUCUGGUUACUGUGCCUUUUCAUCAAGUCGUGAGAGCCAUGACACCUGUCUUUACUGUCAUGUUGAAUGUCUUGUUCUUGAAAAAGUCUUAUUCUGGUAUGGUCUAUAUCUCUUUGAUUCCUGUCAUUGCGGGUGUUGCAUUUGCUACAUUUGGUGACUAUAACUAUACCGCCAUGGGUUUCUUUUUGACUGUGUUGGGUACCGUCUUGGCUGCUGUCAAGACAGUAGUGACAAACCGUGUUCAAGUGGGUCGCCUUAAACUUCAUCCAUUAGACUUGUUGUUGAGAAUGUCACCAUUAGCUUUUAUUCAAACCAUGCUUUAUUCUUACGCUACAGGCGAAUUUGAAUUAGUACAAGAGUAUUAUCAGACCAAGAUGACAUGGAAUGUAUUCUCUGCCUUGUUGUUGAAUGGUAUCAUUGCUUUCUUUUUAAAUGUCGUUAGUUUUACUGCCAACAAAAAGACGUCUGCCUUGACCAUGACAGUAGCUGGUAAGGAAAGAAUACGAUAAAAUAUAGAAUAUUGACCAUGAUUAGGUAACGUUAAACAAGUCUUGUCUAUUGUAUUGGCAGUGAUUAUCUUUGACCUUAGUAUUACUGCUACCAAUGGUCUUGGUAUCAUUCUCACAUUAGCUGGCGGUGCUUGGUAUAGUAAUGUUCAACUGAAUGAAGGCAAAAAGAAGAGUAAAUUAUUAGGCGGUGAUUCUUUAUUGGGUGUAUCUGAUAAGGAUGAAAAUGAGUUAUCUAAUAUCAAGGCACAAAAAUAGAUUCCCAUGAAAUAAAAUGCAUAUAAAAAAAUUUUUUCU